GCCACGCGAACGGCCGCACGUGUGUUGUGUUUUGGAAAUCGCAAGUGUCUGGCGGAGCAGAGCCUGGUACUGUCACGCCUCAAAAAAAGAUCCGUCACGCCGUCCAGACCUCGAACAAACAAAGAAAUACUACGCCAGAAUGAAUUCCAUGUUGAAGCGGAUGAGGCAGGACUUCAACGUCUACGUCGGGGCGGAAACGGGCGUGCUGAAAGGUGGGCGAGGAGAGGCCCUUAUAAUGAUGGGGCUGCAUAAUCAAACCAUAAGAGUAUUUGAUGUCGGCAUAAAAGCAUUCACUUCAUCAAGGGAAAUCAAAGUUGGAGAAGGACCUAUCGUCUCCCUGGCUAAGUGGAAUGAUGUCACUGUAAGUGCUGUUAAGUCGGGCCAGAUCACAGUCUGGCACAGUGAGGAGGCCAAAGAAAUCAAUGCACUGAAAUCCGGAGAGUUUUUGUCACGCAUGAGACAAGACCCUCAGUCGCCAAAUAUGAUUGCAACCGGAGGAAAGGAAAAUGACCUGCAACUUUGGGACCUGAAUAAACCAGAAGAACCCAUAUUCAAAGCUAAGAAUAUAAAGCCAGAUAUGGUACAGCUAAGAGUUCCAGUAUGGGUGUCUGACAUGACUUUCCUGAAGGAACCAAGCUGCAUUGCUCUUGCUACUCGGCAUUGUCAUGUCCGAAUGUACGACCACAAGAGGCAAAGGCGACCUGUUGUUAACUUUGAGUGGGAAGAAUCUCCCUUCACUUCCAUCACAUCUGUGGCUGAUACAAGCCAGGUGGUUGUUGGAACAGCUCAUGGUAGGAUGGGUUGCUUUGACCUGCGAAUGAACAAGCCAGAACAACCCGUGCGAAUAUUCAAAAGCUUUGCAGGCGCAGUUCGAGAUAUCGUUGUUCACCCGCAUCUGCCGCUGGUCUUCUCAGUCGCCCUCGAUAGAUUCCUUCGGGUGCACCAUCUCGAGACUGGAAAACUCAUACAUAAGGAAUACUUGAAAUCGCGGUUAAACUGUGUGCUCGUCCGGGAUGACUUUGAGGAAGGCGACCUACUCCCGACCAGAGAAAAACCCAAGAGGAAGUGGAUGGAGAGAAAUAGAGAGAUCGAAGAGGAACUGGAUUACGAUUCAUCAGAGGAGUCCUGUGAAAAGAUUAGGAAGAUUGAAGAUGAUGAAGUGUGGUAGGCUUUUUGGUAUGGAUGGGAGGACAAGCUUUCUAAUAAAUGGUACUUUCUCU